AUGGCAGAAAAGGAGCAGCUUUCAGAAGCGCUGGAGCGCCUAGAAAGAGACAUCGAUAAGGAGGUCACAAAGUUGAAAUACUACAUGGAGCCAGCCGACGAGCUUAUUGAAAAUAACGAUUACUUAGAGAUGGAGAUCGCCGUAAAACAAGGGACUCAAAUAAUCAGCAAAAUUACGGAUCUUAUUUCACAACUGGAAGGCUUGAAGCUGGACUUUGGAGCUUCGGCGCGAGACGUUCGACAGUGGAAGAAGGACAAGAAGAACGAGUUUGCUCCCUUUGUGCAGGAAAGAGACAAAAUUUCCGAAUUAUUGUCAACUAAACAAAGACAAAGGGACGAGGAAAUCGAGAAGCAGAAUUGGGAGGCCAAACGGGAGCGUGAGGAACGCGUCACGCGAGAACGACAACAACGAGAAAAGGAAUUCUGGGAGGAGAAGUUCAGAGCCGAGUUGCGUGUGGCAGAGCAAAAGUUGGAGAUGGAAACUGCCGCGAAGGCUACUCACGCAAAGCUUCCUAAGUUAAGAAUUACACCUUUCAAGGGCACAUCAUCGGAUUGGGUCCGAUUUGAAAAUAUGUUUGUCACGCAAGUCCAUAGUCGACCAGUUCCAGACGAAGAGAAAUUUGGCUACUUGUUAGAGAUGGUCGUACCCAAGGUAAGAGAGAAAAUUUCUAACCUUAAACCAGGUACCUUGGGGUACAAAACUGCAUGGCAGAGAUUACAAAAGGAAUACGGGCAAACUAAGCUUGUUGUGAACGCCCACAUGGACGAAAUCAUAAACUUGACACCAGUAAAAGGGAGCAGUUUCGAGAAAGUAAGAGAGUUCUAUGAAGUGCUAAGCAAAAAUUACGACGCCUUACAAACCCUGGGGGAGGCUGA